AUGGAGAACCAAGCAGUGCAGAACAUACUGACACAGACCAUGUGUGAAAUUGAUGGAAGCACCUGCAACUGCUCCACUGAAACCAGUUUUUGCAAGGAACCGAGAUGUUACAAAGUCUUGACCCAAACUGAGAUGACAUCCAUUUCCUCCAUUCUCUGCCUGGCUGGGCCUCUCACCUUCCUGGAGAACUUCCUAGUGCUGUUGGUGAUUGCGAAUUCCAAAUCACUGCGCCAGCGCCCAUCCUAUCUCUUCAUUGGCAGCUUGGCACUGGCUGACAUCUUUGCCAGCUGCUUCUUCACCGUCAUCUUCUUAGAAUUUCACCUAUCUGAUGGCAGUGACGGCCCAAAUAUCUUCCUCUUCAAGCUAGGUGGUGUUACCAUGGCUUUUACGGGGUCGGUGGGCAGUCUGCUCCUGACCGCAAUUGACCGUUACCUGUGUAUUCAUCGUAUCUCAGACUACAAGACACUUCUGACAAGAGACAGAGCUGUGAAGUCUAUAGUGGGACUGUGGACUGUCACGGUUCUUAUCUCUUUCCUCCCUCUCAUGGGUUGGAGAUAUAGGACCAAUGGUACCUGUUCUAGACUCUUCCCGUUUAUCGACCCCAUCUACCUUGCUUCCUGGGCAAGCCUCUUACUUGUCGUGCUUUUCCUGAUCCUGGUGGCAUAUGCCCUCAUUAUCUGGAGGGCACACAAGCAUGAGACUACCGUAAAAGUACCACAUUUGCGUCAGACAGCUGUAGGAGGCCACACACGUAUGCGCAUGGAUAUCCAUCUAGCACGUACCUUUGUGAUGAUUAUUGUCAUUCUUACAGGCUGUUGGCUGCCUGUUCUUUCUUUCAUGAUUGUGGAUGUCUCCAUGAAACUUACAACUGCGCAGCAACGAGCAUUUGCUUUCUGUAGCGCACUCUGUUUAGUCAAUUCAGCUGUGAACCCCUUGCUUUAUGCUUUGCGCUGUCGUGAGCUAAGGAUGGAAUUUUUGGGGCUUCUGCAAUGUGUAUUCGGACAACUGGGCUGCAAGUGCUGCUUUACUCAUGUCCUUAGCCCAGAAGGAGAGAGAAAGGACGAGCUAGCUACUGUGACAAAUGAUGAGCUGACACCCCAGGCUGCCUACCCAAACUCUGUGUCUCAAGAGACCAACUUGACUCAAACGAACAGAUUUUAUUAA